CCCCAAAUCGACUGCGCCCUCAUCCGCAUCGUCGACGGCGGCAACCUGUUGACGGCUUCCUUGAGGGCACCGGUAGUUCCCGGCGAAGAGGUGUUGGUCAUCGGAGUGCCCGACGAUAACGACUACUCCAUCAGCGACGGUGUGCUCGGCUGCGCCCGCAGACCCAUGACUGCCAUUCCCGGCGAACAGAGCUUUAACGACCAGAGGGGACACUACGUACAGAGCGACUGUCCCAUUGGUGUCGGCUUUUCCGGCGGUCCGUUGCUUAACAGGAGGGGCGAUAUUUCAUCGCAAGAGGUCUGCAAUACGAAGAGCGAAGAGACAGAGAUAGCGCUAAAAGGCAUACAUUUAUUGGCGCCAAAAUUUGAUGACUCCUUCAAAAGGGGACGAAUUCCGGCGCCAAUACCCCCAGAAAUCGAUGCCUUGAGAGGACUCCUGAUCUUCAGUAAAAUCAGAUCCAAUUCCCCGCAACAGCUAAAUGAAUUGCAAUUAUAUGACUUAAUCAUAGCAGUGGACAGCCUUCCGAUCGCUACAGUGGCAGACCUGAGACGGGUAUUGGACAGCAACACAACCAAUGCGGUGAUGGAUAUACUAGUUGUCCGGAAAAUGGAUGUGAAUAAUCCAGUUAACCUCAGGGCUAGACCUGAAUUGAUCCGGAUACAACAGUUUAUGAAUGGAUCGGACUUUGUGUUGGCUAUCAAUGACAUGAAUCACGUGUUCAGUGGGGGCCACAAUUGUAAGGGACAGUUGGGUAGACAUUAUGGAAAUUAUGAAAACAUAUCGGAAUUGAAUGACAAGAAUAUGACACAAAUAUGUUGUGGUUAUCAACACUCCCUGGCCCUCACCACCAAUGGACAGGUGUAUGCGUGGGUACCAAAAGUGGGAAACAAUUCAUUUGAAAGCCAUUACCAAAACAUUUUCGAGGAGUUGUCGGUUAUAGGGUCGGGAGGUUUUGGGACUGUAUUUAAAGUGAAGCAUAGAUUCGAUGAACACAUAUAUGCCGUCAAAAGAGUACAAUUGAAGGAUUCUUCUGAGGAUUAUAUUAAAAGAAUUCUGAAUGAAGUGAAGAAUUUAGGAAAAGUUCGGUCAGAAUAUGUGGUCCAGUAUUACAACUCAUGGCCCGAAACCAACUUCCUUUACAUUCAGAUGGAGUUCUGUUCACAGAAUUUGCGGAAUAUUCUCGAAAUUAAACCAAAAGUAUUUGAGAGAGACUUUGGGAAAGCCAUGGGUUCUUAUGAGUACUUCAUUUCAUGUGAAAUAUUUCGUCAGAUCUUAGAAAGUGUUCAGUAUUUGCAUGAAUUGAAUCCACAGAUCAUUCACAGAGACCUCAAACCCGACAAUAUAUUAAUANUAUUGCAUGAAUUGAAUCCACAGAUCAUUCACAGAGACCUCAAACCCGACAAUAUAUUAAUAGACGUGAACGGAAGGAACGGCAGAUUUAUUAAGUUAUGUGACUUUGGCUUGGCUACAGAUCACGACAAAAAUAUUGAUUAUAAAACGUACAAAAAGCACACCUCAGGGGUGGGAACCAUGAGAUAUAUGGCACCCGAAGUACUUCAGGGUUAUAAAUAUGACCACAAAUCGGAUGUCUAUUGUCUCGCUAUCAUUGGUUCAGAAGUAUUGGAUUUCGACUUAUUUUUGAUUGACUUAAAUGAGUAUAAAUUGAAUAAUUCUUUUUGUGAUUAUUUCAUUAUAUUUAAAACUCCCACUAUAUUUAAAUCCUAUUCACAAAGUGUUGACAUACUCAACGUACCGGUAGUUAAAUUGAAGCGAAUUCUGGUGUCAAUGGCUUCGACCCCAGCGUUCAGUCAACGGCCCGACUGUUCACAAGUACUGCGAGAAUACAGCGAAUGGUCUGUCGAUCGGAAUAUUCUGAGGAAAACACUGCAUUACGCUAACAAUUAA